AUGGCAAGUGAUAACAAAUAUGAUUUACCACUGCUGUCAGACAUGCAUCCGCGAUCCAAUGAGAAUGUUAAUCCUAGAUUGAAGACAUUUGCUUCCCGAACUUGGAGUAUCUCAUUUUCCAUUCCAAUGAGUUCUGAGUCCUACCAAAAUGAAACUAAUCUUGUAUGUUUUACUGCUCCAUUGCUUGCUGAAAGCAGAACUCCAGAAAUACAAAUGAGUAGUCCGCUACUUAUCAGCCCUAUAUCUCGAAAUCUGUUUCAGCCUGGUCAUGGUGUAACGGGUCGUAAAUUGCUGGAACCUAAGACACAGACGUUUCCUUCAUGUAAAGCAAAAGAUCAGAAUGACCGGAUGGACGACAAACAAGGUGGCAACAAUGAACACUUAUCAAGGCAUGUUACGAAUUAUGAUGAAUAUUCUUCUCUAACUGAAACUUCAACUCUAAGCAGAUACCAGGAGGAAGAAACUUCUCUCCACAAUUUUCUUUGUGGGGAUGCUAAUGGCAGGGCAAGGAAAUUCAUUUCUCUCGUGCGUCAGUAUAUUCCUGGAGUCAUGAAUCCUCAUUCUAAAUUUGUUCAACGGUGGAACAAAUUUGUUGUCAUCUCUUGCUUUGGGGCAAUUUUUAUAGACCCAUUGUUUUUCUUAUUGCUGUUUACGAAGCAGCGGAGGAUUAAUGAAUGUCUUGGAGAUGCAUGCCGUGCCUCUGUUAUGCAUCCUUACUGUAUGAAAUUUAUAGACUGUGGCCAUGGGAACAGUUUGACGGAAUUUCAAAAUGAUAGGAGAUGGUCUAGCUGGAUUAAUAAUGAGAAUGCUACCGCUUGUUUCACAGUUAGUUCUAAUGGGUUUGACUAUGGGAUCUAUAAGCAAGCUGUCGGCCUUACCACGAAAGACAAUUUCUUCACCAGAUAUUUAUAUUCAUUGUUUUGGGGAUUCCAGCAAAUCGGUACUCUGGCUGGAAAUCAAACUCCCAGCUAUUUCAUCCCGGAAGUCCUUUUCAUCAUGGGAUACAAUAUAGAUCUGUUGCAUUACUUAUAUUAUCAUGAAGUCUGUCCUCAGUCAGAAACACAUUCCAGUUUAUUUGGGCGGCUGGAAAUGUCACUUAGACGUCACGAUAUUGAGCAGUGGAUGAGGCAUCGGCGAUUACCUCCAGAAUUAAGAAGGCAAGUACUCGAAGCCGAAAGGUGUAUUUGGGAUGCUACAAGGGGGGUAAAUGAAGAAAAGCUGCUGGAGAAUUUGCCUGAGGACCUUCAGAAGGACAUAAGGCGGCAUCUAUUCAAAUUUGUUAAGGAAAUACCGAUUUUUGAGGUGAUGGAUGAAUCCAUCUUGGAUGCGAUAUCUGGGAGAUUAAAGCAAAAGAUAUACACCAAAGGAAGACAAAUAUUACGUCAUGGAGGUGUAAUUGAGAAGAAGAUUUUCAUUGUACGUGGAAAACUGGAAAGCGUUGGAGAAGACGAAAUUAGAGCUCCCUUAAUCGAAGGGGAUGUUUGCGGAGAGGAGCUCCUCCCAUGGUGUCUUGAACAAUAUUUAGUAAACAAAGAUCCCAAAAAUAUAAGGAUUCCUGGACAGCAAUUGCUGAGCGACAGAAGAGUGAAAUGCUUGACAAACGUAGAAGCAUUUUCACUUCGAGCUGCAGAUCUUGAAGAAGUCAUCAGUCUUUACACAAGAUUCUUGUUGAAUCCAGGAGUCCAGCGAGCUAUAAGGUAUAUAUCUCCAAAUUCGAGAUGCUGUGCGGCUACCAGCAUUCAGGUGGCAUGGAGAGACAGAAAGAAACGGUUGAGUUGUGCCAACACCACUCAAUCAGGAUCGUCUUCAAAGCAUGAUCCAAUUAUUUGACAUGUACAAUAUGUAGGAAGAGUUAGAGCCCGGCCCUGAGAUACAAGAGCUGAUAUUGUUAAGAUAUGAGUGCAUAC